AGCGGCAGUGCGCAGGCGCACAGGGCUCAAAGCUUCCCUGCGGCGCCAAAGACUACUCUCUGCUUGCGGGAGGUCGCUGUUGCUGCGCUAUGGCUGCGGAGUCCUCCUCCUCCUCCUCCUCCUCUGCUUCCCCGAGGCCGCUGCAACCUGUCACUCACCUCCUCUUCGAUAUGGACGGGCUCCUGCUGGAUACUGAACGUCUUUACACAGUUGUGUACCAGGAAAUCUGUCAACGGUAUGGGAAAACCUAUACCUGGGACGUGAAAUCCUUAGCAAUGGGUAAAAAAGCAUUAGAGGGAGCAAAGAUCAUUCGAGAUGCCCUGGAUCUUCCAUUAACAAAAGAAGAGCUACUGCAUGAAUGUCAAAUUAAACAGGAGAAACUGUUUCCCACAGCUUCACUCAUGCCAGGAGUUGAAAAACUAAUCCGCCAUUUACAUCAACGCAACAUACCCAUAGCUGUUGCCACCAGCUCAUCCCGAGUGACAUUUGAAAUGAAAACAAGUCGACACAAAGACUUCUUUAAUUUAUUUCAUCAUAUUGUGUUGGGGGAUGACCCUGAAGUGAAGAAUGGCAAGCCACAUCCUGAUGUGUUUAUAGUUUGUGCAAAAAGAUUUAAUCCACCACCACUUCCAGAAAAGUGCCUUGUAUUUGAAGAUGCUCCCAACGGGGUGAAGGCUUCAUUGACAGCAGGGAUGCAGGUGGUCAUGAUUCCAGAUGAAAACUUGGACAAAGAACUUACAAAAGAAGCCACACUAGUGCUCCAGUCUAUGAAUGAGUUCAAGCCAGAACUGUUUGGUUUACCGCCUUUUGAUUGAUAAUUGUUCUUUUAAAGAUAAUUUUAAUUCAACCGUCCUAAACAAAGGGAAUGUAGAUUUUCAUUAGCUAUUUUAAGCAUAUAUUUUAUUUUAAUAAUUAUAAUUUACUUGAUCAUUCAUACGUUAUAAUGUAAGGAAGUUCUUCCUUGGAAGCAUUUCCAGAAAAUUUGCCCCCAGAACUAUGAGUUGCUGUAGAAGGGAAGAUCAUGUAACCCUUGUUUUCCAAGCAGAUUCAUGUAUCUAAAUGAACUCUGAAUUGAUUCUGUUGUUUUUGCUUUCUUUGGCAUUUCACAUCUCUGCAGUUUUUCAUCUUCACUUUGAGCAGGAGGGAAUAUAGGAUAGACACCGCCAACCAUUCUUUUGCAAAAACAUUUAUCUAUCUUGGUCUGACUUAUCAGGAAGAUUGCAAGGCUGCAGGCAGGUCCAUUUUAAUGCCGAACUUUGAAUUGUUUUAAAAGUAACUCAUCUAAUAGCAUUAUGCAGGCAGUCAUUACCAAGCCAACCAAGCAUUACUGUUGUUAUUGCCUUAUCUCAUGCAUAAGCUGCCCAUGUGCUUUUGCUGUAAGACAAUUUUCGGUUUUUAUGUCCCUGGUGCCUUUGCACUUUUGUCUUUCCUUUGCUGCCAGUGGUACAGCAAGAAUUUGUUGUCAGUUUCAAGGAAACCUUUGCUCUUCAAACUUCAGGAAGUGCAACAGUAAUUCUCUUCCUCUCCUUCCUCCUCCCAACAUUCUGUCUUGGUUGAUUAACCCUGUCUGAUGAAGUCAUGGAUGUCUUCUUUGUUAAGAUUCAGUUUACUGAAUGCUGCUUUCCUUUGCUGCCCUCCCUGAAGUUUUGACGUGAAUUAUGUCUUUUAGAUAUUUUCAUACCAUGUUCAGUCAUGUUAUCUACAAUUUUGCUGCUGUAAAAUAGAAUCAUGAUCAAAAUGAACUCGUCCAAAUUCUACCCUCUGAUGUUAAUAAAUUUUGCUAAUCGAACACACUUGUAUAUAUUUGGUAUAUUUCAUAUAGCUCCAUUUUUGCUAUCAGGAAUAAAAAGAGGACUCAGUUGAACAGUGUCUUCCACAUAACAAAUAUCCUUCUUUGACUUAUUAAGGAUUCACCAUUCUAUGUGAUAUUUAACUUUUGAGAUUAUAGAUUUUUAAAGAAAAAUCAAUAAAGUGAUUGCAGAAUUAAUAGGAUAUUAUAAUCCUAUGCUCUAGAUAUCAGGUUUGGGGCUUGGAAAUGAUUACUUUUUUUGUACUACAGUUCCCAGAACCCAACACAAAAAUAAAUCCACAAAUGAGCUUUA